GAACUUUAACAAACAUCUGGACGACACAGAACAGGAUUCAGAAACACUUUUCACCAACCGAAACUCCUCUUGAUCUGGUCUGAGGUUCUCACACAGGCGAACCGAGCGCCCAUCCGUAUGCUAUGUGAGAUGACACCCCGACAGCCCCCUCCUCUGUGGCACAGCCAAAAUAACAAAAUGCUGACUUCUCAGGGUGCUGUUAGUGUGCCCGGCUGUGCUCGACAGCCGUGAAGUUUGACACACAACAGAGGGGAGGGGGAGCAGGGAGGGGGGGGGAGUAAAAAAAAAAAAAGAAAAAGGAGAGAAACUUCUUGGUUUGGCUGGGGCUCCUGUCCUGUGGAAGGGCUUCAGCACUGCGCUCCUGUGAAGAGGUGUGCAGCAGUGUGGAUGAGUGAGUGUGUGUGUAUGUGAGUCAAAGCCAUGUCGGACCCCCGGGACAUCGACGAAGAUGCCAUCCUCAAGGGCCUCAGCGCCGAGGAGCUGGACCAGCUGGAGUAUGAGCUGCAGGAGAUGGACCCCGAGAAUGCCAUGCUGCCAGCUGGCUUUCGGCAGCGAGACCAGACGAAGAAGACCCCGACGGGGCCGUACGACCGCGAUGCCCUGAUGCAGCACCUGGAGAAGACGGCCCUGGAGCAGGAGGACAAGGACGACCUGGUGCCCUUCACCGGCCAGAAGAAAGGGAAGGCAUUUGUGGCUAAAAAAGCAUCAGACAUCCCCGAGCAUGAGCAGGUGAUGCUGGAGCCGGAGCUGGAGGAGGCCCUGAAGAACGCCACCGAUGCAGAAAUGUGCGACAUUGCAGCUAUCCUCGGGAUGUACACGCUGAUGAGCAACAAACAGUACUACGAUGCUUUGGGCACCACCGGCACCAUCGCCAACACAGAGGGCAUCAACAGUGUUGUGAAACCCGAUCCUUUCAAGGUCUUCCCUGAGGAACCCCCCAAUCCCACCAAUGUGGAGGAAACCCUGGAGAGGAUCCACAACAACGACAGCGGCCUGACUGAGGUCAAUCUCAACAACAUCAAGGACAUUCCCAUCCCAACUCUAAAGGAGAUCUUCGAGGGGAUGAAGGGAAACUCUCAUGUGGAGUUCCUCAGCAUCGCCGCGACCCGUAGCAACGACCCUGUGGCCUACGCAUGCGCCGAGAUGCUGCAGGAGAACACCAGCUUGCAGAGUCUUAACAUCGAGUCCAACUUCAUCACCUCGGACGGCAUGAUGGCCAUCAUCAAGGCCAUGGCCAACAACGCCACGCUGGUGGAGCUGAAAAUCGACAACCAGCGGCAGAAGCUGGGAGACUCGGUGGAGAUGGAGAUUGCCUCCAUGCUGGAGAACAACUCCAGCAUCCUCAAGUUCGGCUACCACUUCACCCAGCAGGGUCCCCGCGCCAGAGCCGCCAUGGCCAUCACGCGAAACAACGACAUGAUUCGCCAGCAGAGAUUGAGAUGAAAAUGAUGACAAGCGAGAAAAAGAACGGCCAUUUCAGCCAAACCCGAUGCCUGCAAAGACUGCCUGUGACGGCUUCCUCUCGUCAAUGGAUGCACCGGAGCUGAACAGAUCCCCCCAAAUGAAUCGGGGGUCAUUUCGCCGGGUGUAAACCACGUCUAACAUCCAUGUUCAUCCAUUUUAUCUAAUUCAUUGCUGACGCGCUUCGUGUAGUCUGCUGAACCCAUCAUAAAGUCAUGUAUAGGAAACAAGAAAAAUGUGAAGUGUCAUUUUUUUGUGAUUUUUUUUUUUUUUUUUUUAGUUUGCUCAUCACCUACAUCAAAAAAUAUUCUUCAUGAAACCUUUUUCAAUGUGGUGCUAAAUUAUAUGUGGGAAGGGGAUAAAAAAAUACAUCUGUAAAUACUUUCAAUAAACUUAUACAUUCAAAUAUUCUUUCUAAAUGUUUGGAAAGCUCAGUUUUAUUGCUUUUACACCCUGACGCACAUUAAAAUAAUGUUCUGACAAAACACUGUACUCAGCUGAAUAAUACGGGUUCAACCAGCAUCACACGGCGUGCUAAUUUGUGUCAUAACCACCAAUUUUGUCCAUGAAGGACCUGUUUUACUCAUAUCUUCUUCAUAUUUCAUGGAAAACA